UGUUGACACAGGACAACGUUCAGACACUCGGACUACAAACAGGUCGCCUGUUUCAGCAACAAUACCAAACAUAAGGGUUCCUCAGAACUGUUUUCAGAGUCUUCACCUCCUGGUCUAUGAUCCAGAUGGAGAUGAUGUGAGAUGCAAGUGCCAAUCUUGCCAUCAACACCCAAACAUACAUCUUGAUGAGGACUCGUGCACUUUGAGUAGUAAUGGCACACUGGACCUGAGACUGCAUGUUUUUGAGUUCACGCUGGAGGAUUAUCCUGCAUCAAACAUCACUUUGAUGAAUGGCGAUGGGAUCUCUUUCAGAAAUCCUUAUAAUCAGACUGCCAGCGCUAACCCAGCUCCACUCAGUCAAGUGCCUCUGCAGUUUGGAGUAGAAAUCCAAACACCAGUCCACAGUUGUGAACCAGGGGUGAACAGGCCAAGUUUUCUGACACCAACUCCCUUACAUGGAGAUGUUCAACAUGCAGCUGUGGGACGUGUUCACACUAUCACUAUCCGUGCCCAGAAUUUGGGCCACAGUACAUUUGAUUUCCAGGUCAGUGGACCAUGGAAUAUGUCAAAGAGCUUGAGAAAUGCAAGUCAAGGAAUUGCUGAGGCAACGCUGACCUGGACACCACAAGAAUCUGACCUGCAUCAUCAUGUACCCGUGUGUUUCGCUGCAGAGACACUUCAGAGUCAGUCAGAAAUGAGGUGCAUCGUGAUUGUUGUGGCAAAAUUGAGGGUUCUCUCAGGUGAAGCAGAGGUCUUCUGUGAGGAUAAUAGUAUCAGCAUUGCAGUAAGCAAAGCCUCCAUGAAGGGGAUUGAUCAAAACUGGCUCCAACUGAGAGAUCCCACCUGCUCUCUUACUUACAAUGACACCCAUAUCCUGGGCACUGUGUCCCUCAACACCUGUGGUACCAGGAUGGAGGACACAGGAGACUUCUUGGUCUUCAAAAAUUAGAUCAAUUCUUUUGAGGACCCUAAUAAAGUAAUCACCAG